CUUUCGUCAUCUCCCUACAACAAAUGGGUUUUUGACAAAAACACGCACGCGACACGAUGAUCUGGACGGAACACAACGGGGUUUUGGGGUCAAGAAGACUAUGAAGUUCCACCAGCACACGGGCGCCAAGACCAACUGGAUCAUGAACGCCUACUAUUCAUGGAAUGACGGAAAUUCAUUUCUCCAUGAUGGUUUAGUCCUGUGCCAUGUAUUCGAGACAGACUCACCCGACUACGAAGACAACCCCAAAUGCCUAGGAUGCCAUCGAGGAGCAUGCAGUGGACACCACAAUGAUCACGAAUUCGGAGCUCCAAGCGAGGACACUUCACUCAAUUCACCACAUCCAGGAUCCAGGCCAAUGCACUAUUACCCGAAGCACCAUUCUGACCCAAGAUUAAAGUCUUACAUUGAACAACUUGGAAACCUCUUGUUCAGUGACUCUGAUCCUGACAACUCCGCAGAUACGGGAAACUGUGGUGCAGGAAGAGGCGACCCUCCAAUCACUGACUAUGGGCAGUCGAGAAAGCGCAAAAAGAUCUCAGAUGUUUGGGAUUACUUCACCAAGAUAUAUGCGCUCGACAUCAACGGGAAGGUUUUGACAUUUGCGGCUUGCAACCACUGCUGCAAGAUACUGACAGCGAGUUCCAAGAAUGGAACCUCGCAACUUGCAAGGCACACGUGCCUGUGCAAGUUCAAACCAGUAGCAGCUGGCAGAAAUGCCAAGGACUCCGGCGGCAACCCCAAUGUCCUAUUGUCCUAAGUUCUUGAUCUGGUCAUUUCCUUAGGAAUGCUUCUAGUACUAUAAGUCGAGAGUAUUUUCAAAGUUUGAAACUUCUUAAGAAUCGUGGCUAGCUAUAGAAAUAAGAUAGCUUAGUAGUUGCUCUGUGUGGAUCACCGUCGCCCUGUUCUCUUUCUUUCUCUUUUUACUCCGCCUAGGCACAACUUUGGCCCGUUGUGAUCAUUUAUGUGGGUGCUUUGUUAUUGGUUGUGUGCAUCCUAAUCAUGCACAAGCCGAGUGUAUGUUUAUUAUGUUUGUAUUUCACUGAUGUACAAUAUAAGCCAAUAAAAACACUCUUUAUCAAAA